GAAGUGACGUGAGCGGGCGGGGCCGCCGCCGGGGCUGGGGAGGCGCUGCCGGUGCGCGGACGCGGUGCCCAGAUGUCCAGAAUACCAAGAGGAACAGCAAAGCGGUCUGACUGCAAAAACUGAUGGACCAUUACAUCUUCCAAAAAUGAGCCAAUUGACGCUUUUCUUCUGGAAACUAAAAUGUCUUGAAGAGAGAAGUCGUCAGUGCUGGACCGUCUUAAACCUUAUUCGUGGUGCAGCUUCAGAGAGCAGCUUGGUUUAUCUCACCUGAAGAGGAGGCAUAUGUGCAGUAAGCCAAGAGGACAUGGGCUUUCAGUGCAUCUGGAAAAAUGAUCAGGUACUGGGUCCACAUGUCGCAUCUGAAUCGUGUUGUACUAAUUCUCUAAGUACCAAAUCAGACUGUCUCCUUGAUGCACCCUCACGGCAUCAUGGCCAGCACUCAGGAGCGCCUGAGCUUGUCUUCCUCUCCAAACUCAAUCAGCAAAGCUUUCUGUGAAGAUAAAGACUUUAGCAGGAUACACGAUGAGCACGCACCUUCGGGAAACCACCCGUCGCCCGAACUCAUAGAGGACGUGCGCGAGAAGGGCUUGCUGCAGGCAGACCUCAUAGAAAACAUGAGCAGCCCAGUGACCGCAGCAGUACUGACCAGCAUCAGUGAGGACUCUAGGGACCAAUUUGAGAACAGCGUGCUGCAGCUGAGAGAGCAGGAUGAAUCCGAAACACCCAUUCCUCAGGGCAACAGGAACACUAUGGACGGAGAAAGCAACAGCGGAGCCGAUGAUGUUAAAGUCCAGUUCAGCAGAUCAGGCAGUGGGAGUGGUGGGUUUCUUGAGGGACUUUUUGGCUGUCUGAGGCCGGUGUGGAACAUCAUAGGCAAGGCAUACUCCACGGACUACAAAUUGCAACAGCAAGAUACCUGGGAGGUGCCGUUUGAGGAGAUCUCGGAGCUGCAGUGGCUGGGCAGCGGCGCGCAGGGAGCUGUUUUCCUGGGCAAAUUUCGAGCAGAGGAGGUGGCGAUCAAGAAAGUGAGAGAUCAGAACGAAACAGAUAUCAAGCACUUGCGGAAACUCAAACAUCCGAACAUCAUUGCCUUCAAGGGAGUUUGCACUCAAGCGCCGUGCUACUGUAUUAUCAUGGAGUACUGUGCGCACGGGCAGCUCUACGAAGUCUUGCGAGCAGGGCGGAAGGUCACGCCUCGGCUGCUGGUGGAUUGGUCCACGGGCAUUGCUAGUGGGAUGAACUAUCUGCACCUUCACAAAAUCAUCCAUCGAGACCUCAAGUCACCAAAUGUUUUGGUUACACACACAGAUGCAGUAAAAAUCUCAGAUUUUGGUACAUCUAAAGAACUGAGUGAUAAAAGUACAAAAAUGUCUUUUGCGGGUACUGUGGCUUGGAUGGCCCCGGAGGUGAUACGCAAUGAGCCCGUCUCCGAAAAAGUGGAUAUCUGGUCGUUUGGGGUAGUUUUGUGGGAGCUGCUUACGGGAGAGAUCCCCUACAAGGACGUGGACUCCUCUGCCAUCAUCUGGGGCGUGGGCAGCAACAGCCUGCACCUUCCUGUCCCGUCCACCUGUCCGGACGGCUUCAAAAUCCUCAUGAAGCAAACCUGGCAGAGCAAGCCCCGGAAUCGCCCCUCGUUCCGACAGACACUGAUGCACCUGGAUAUUGCCUCUGCUGAUGUGCUGGCUACUCCUCAGGAAACCUAUUUCAAAUCACAGGCUGAAUGGCGAGAAGAAGUGAAGAAACAUUUUGAGAAAAUUAAAAGUGAAGGAACUUGUAUCCACCGGCUAGAUGAAGAAUUGAUUCGUCGUCGAAGAGAAGAGCUCAGGCAUGCAUUGGAUAUCCGUGAACACUAUGAGAGGAAGCUGGAGCGAGCCAAUAACUUGUACAUGGAGCUCAGUGCUAUUAUGCUGCAGCUGGAGGUCCGUGAGAAGGAGCUCAUAAAGAGGGAACAAGCAGUGGAGAAGAAGUAUCCUGGGACUUACAAACGCCAUCCAGUCAGACCAAUAAUCCACCCCAAUACAGUGGAGAAGCUGAUGAAGAGGAAAGGAGUCUCCCAUAAACCAGGCAGCCAGACUAAACGGCCAGAUCUGCUGAAGUCAGAGGGCAUACCCAGCACAGAAGCAGCAUCCAAUGGUUCACCAGUCUCAGGAAGUCCCAAAAUGUCAACACCGAGUGGCAAAAGCCGCUACCGCAGUAAGCCACGUCACCGCCGAGGGAACAGCAAAGGCAGCUACAAUGAUUUUGCAGGGAUCUUGAAAAACCAGCCAGUGCACGAUGAUGCACCCCCACCUCUUCCUCAUAAUCAUUCUCAUCACCCCGGUCUACAGCAGCAACACGGCCAAAGCCAUCCCCAUGGCCAUCACUCACGGCUUCAUGCCCAUGGACAAGACAUCGCCAACUGUGCAAACAACUUAAGGUACUUUGGCCCUGCAGCAGCGCUGCGGAGCCCUCUCAGUAACCACGCGCAAAGGCGGAUGUCUGGUUCCAGUCCUGAUCUCAUCUCCGCUGCCAUGGAAGCAGAUUGCCGGAGGAAUCUGGAGAGCAAAGAAAGCAAAGCUGAUCAUUGGGAGUGUUGCAAAACAGAUCCGUAUAAUUCCUGUCUUCAGUGCCGGCAAGAGAACAGUGGUCAGGUGCAGAUGUCAUCUCUUGAAACAGGGAUCAGCCAUUCUCAAUCACCAACUUGUGUUUCCCUAUAUGAAAAUGCACAGUUCAUUGAGAAGAUGGAGGAAGAGGGCUUCAGCAGCUGUAAGUCAGCGUCAGCCCUAGGCACUCCGCAGCACAUGGCUUCCUCAGUGCUACCUUGCAAAACAAGACCCAUUCAAAAGAGCGGUGAUGACUCCUCAGAGGAGGAAGAGGGAGAAGUAGACAGUGAAGUGGAGUUUCCUCGUAGACAAAGACCUCACCGCUGCAUUAGUAGCUGCCAGUCCUACUCGACCUUCAGCUCGGAGAACUUUUCCGUGUCGGAUGGAGAGGAGGGGAACACAAGCGAUCAUUCGAACAGUCCAGAUGAGCUGGCCACCAAGCUGGAAGAUGAGCUGGCGGAGAAGCUGGAGGACAUGUUAUCUCAGACCCCAGAGAUCCCCAUUGAAAUCUCCACCCAGUCCGACGGGCUUUCAGACAAAGAGUGCGCUGUGCGGAGAGUCAAGACUCAGAUGUCUCUGGGCAAACUUUGUGCAGAUGAACACAGCUGUGAGAACCCAGCACAGUUUGGAGAAUCAGACUGUGACUCUUCCGAAGGGGAGUGUUCUGAUGCCACGGUCAGGACCAAUAAGCCCUGCAGCUCUGCUACUUGGAAGAGAAGAUGCUUCUCCUUCCCACCCCAGGAGUGAUUUGCAAUAACCCGAAUCUCUGGAAAAUGUCCAAAUGAAAUUAAUUCUCUUUGAGCAUUUCAAUCAAGAAUGGCAGGGAUGUAUUUUAUUGAAUAAUCUAGUUACUGUAACAUGGAUAUUUAUUUUUUUGACAUUUUAACACUUUUUACUGUAAAGAGUGGAUUGUAUUUAUAGACACACAGACUUGUUGCAAAAAAAAACAAAACAAAAACAAAAAAAGUUCAGAAAGCAAGCACAUUACGGAGAAACAUCCUGGGAGUCCUGCCUGGACAGCAUUGCGUACGAACGCGGGGGAUUCUCUUGCUGCUUUCACAGGGGACCAGGCCUCGUGGCCCUGAAGAUUGGCGAACAGAUCAAGAAAACUAAACCACUCAGUCUUAUCAAAUGAGGAAGCAUAAAAAGACCUUACUGCAAGGUAACCUGUGAACAAAGCGUUUUCAGUAUAACCAGCUGGGUCAUUUUUAAUCAGAAGGUGGACAUGUUCCUGGAGAAAAUUGGUACUGAGGUGCUAACAUCCAGGGUCUUCUGAGUCAAUACAUCCCCAGGAAUGUAAUAGUGGGUUUUAUUUUAAGGGUUUUUAGUUUCUUUUUUUUAAAUCAGCAUUUUGUUGUGAGAUCCUGCAAAUAUAUUCUAACCUCGUCCUCUUGAGAAUUGGUAUAAGAGCACUUCUUAACAUCGCCCUUGCUUCACUCUGGCAGCGUCGAUCUCCAGUCGAGCAGGGAAACCUCUUUCAGAUGCAGCGUGCCAUUUCCCAGUUUACUUCCUCCUCUUACCUCCUGCCUGUUUCAGUCAGCUGAAGAAAUCAAUCGAAUCAGUGUUGGCAAAGCAAGAACUUGCAAGCCGUGGAAAGCACAUUCUGCAGAGCCCGAGCACGCCUCCGGGAGGAAACGGGAGGUGCCGGUACUGGACGUGGAGAAGCAGUCUCUCACCUGCAACAGCAUCGAUAACCAGCAGAGAGCUGUGUGCUGAGGGGGAAGACUGGGAAUCGCUGGCCUAGACGCGAGCAUCCGCCCUGCUCCGUCUCCUUACUCACUGUACGUUCUUGAAAGCAUUAGCAGCUGCCUGCCCUUCAUGUCAGGCUUUGUGCAAAACAGACAAGUUGCACAGGGAGUCUUGACUGUGGUUGCGGCACAGUUGUGUGUCUCAGGUGUUCCCUGGGGCCUCUGUUUCUCAUCUAAGCUGGUGAAAGCGAGGAUAGUCCUGAUGUACGGCAUUGGCAGAUGAGAAAAAUUUGUUUUUUCUGGUAGAACUCAUAGUGCCUUCCCUUCAAACACUACUCUUCUAAAUCAGCGUUUAAAGAGAACAAAACCUAGAGCACGUCUCCCCCCCUUAGCGGACGUCCCCCUGCCAGAGCUUUCCCUCUGCCCUUCCCAGCGCGCUGGCGGGGCCGGGCGCUGCGCUGCACACCGGCGCUCCAGCCCGCGGUGAGCGGCAGGAACGGACCACGGGCAGGUACUUCUGUUGCGUUGUUUGUUUACAUUUUAUGUUAAAAUAUUGGUUUGAAUUUAACUGUGGUAAUUUAUAGCCUCACGGCAAAAUGAAGGAAAAUGUCUUACUUAUACAGAGAGCAGUAUUGUAUGAGUUAAAUUAUCCCGUAUUUUUAAAUUUUUGUAGCUGGACUACACACAGAUCUUAAGUUAUGAUGUUAUUUUAUUAUUUAUUAUCGUUUCUGUAGAUCAGACGGUUGGCUUCACUGCUAGCACAAUUGUGACCCGUUGGUGUGACGUUCCCUGCUCCCCGGGGGGGACGGGAGCGGCGCUGGGCUCGGGGGCUGUCAGCAGCCGCUGCCUCUCGCGCUGCCCGAGGACGCUGGCGCGAGGGGGACGGGCGCAGGCAGCCCCGGGGGCCCGCGACGCUCCUCGUGGCCGAUGCCGCAGGUCGCUCGCGCGUUGCCGGUUGCUGACAGCCCCGAGCUGAUGGGGCAUAGCCAUCGGGGGCGAGCGGUUCUGUACUGAUCGCGAAGCAAGUAACCUUUUGCAAAGACCCCCCGGCAAAAGCGUCCCAGAGGGCGAGGGGAGCGGAGGGCGGUCGCUGCAGGCAGUGGCAGGGGAUCGGGACGGCCCGCAGUGAGGCCACGCUGUGCAUCACCGGCGCAGGACCAAAGAGGCUGCUGCUGAGGAGGAGCUGCCGCUCCUCCCGUCUGCAGUGGCAAUACUCAGACCCGGGGCGGAGGAAGAACGCGGAGGGGAGCAAGGCUCGUCCGACUUUGUUUCGUGUUUCCUUUCUCUCCCCGUCCCUCAUUCUUCCUCCCAAAUGCUCUCUUUCUUGGCCAGUGGCACGAGGAGGUGGCAGGGCCGGACACAGCUUUGCUGUCGUGGUGUGGCAGGGGGUUGGGGUGGGAAGCGGGGGUGCAGGUUGUUACUCAGGAAGCUGGAGGCGAGGGUGCAGGACCCGGGGACAGGCCAACAGCGAUGGAGAAUUGUGUGUAAACCCCCCCCCCCCCAAAGGGGGAGACCAAACUAUUGCAGAAAGAGAGGGGCAACGUAGGCAGGUGUUGAGAACUGCCAGCAGAGCCUAUCUGGUGUACCCAACCUAUUUGGCGUACCAUCACACCGAAUCUCCAGCACAGCAGAAGGUGCCAGGCCUUACGCCCCGGAGAGACCCCGCUGCUCGGAUUUGGCAGGUUUCCCGAGCUGUUAGCUGGCCGCUGCCUGUGCGAAGCGCUUGCUUGCGAAGGCGGCCGUAGAGCAAUAGCCCAAAGCAGAGCUGCCUCCGGCUGUCAGUCUCAGUGACUUCAGUCCACGAUGAUUCGGUCCCUCCCAAAAAGAUCUAGAGGGGUUUGGUAGCUGCGGCCUCGGCUCAGCAGAGCUCCACGAUGUGGUGGAGCUCCUUGGGGAGUCCCCGGCCUUCACUGGCACUUGCUGAGAUGGGGAGAGGCCUUGGUGUGCGGGAGUUUGGGACCCUCCUGGCCAGCUGUCCCGGAUACGUGCUCCGAUUUCUUCCUGCUUGUGCCACGGGACACGCUGACAGCCUGGAAAAGCAGGACAGAAACUCGUCUGGUUGUCUGUUGCCGUGCUGCAGCCACACUUUGGUCUAGUUGCUUUCCAUGCCCAGGUCAUCGCACUGUAACCUUCCAGCAUCGCUGCUCACAACUGCUGCCUACUGUGCGGCGUCCCUUUGGGACUGCCACCUCCUCGUGUAGGCCCACGGCCCGUGUACCAGCGGAGGUAUCACCCCGGCCUCCCCUCCGCACACGUUCCUCGCGCACCGCGGCUGUGCGCAGGCAGGGCGGCUCAGCAGCCCUCCUGGGAGCCCGGCCCUCCGUUCCCUAAAGGGGAGCGUAGGCGUUUUCCUUAGCGCAGCUUAUCCCGAACUGCACACGGACGUGAUCUCCACCUUGCCGUACGGGCGCCUCUGCUGCGGUUCCUUGCACUUUCUCUCCUGGCAGGGGAUGCGGGGCCUGAGCCGGCCUGCUUCCUCCUCACAGCGACGCCUCGUUUGCAGGGCAGAGGUAGAUUGUGGGUUCCCUUUCCAGCAUCCUGGCUACCCUGAUCCAGUUCUCGUGGCUGCUGACAGCUCCUGAACACUAGCCUAGAUUUUCUCCCAGAGCUGAAUGUUGCCUUCCCCACUGUCGUGUUAAGUAACCAUUUCAUCUUGGCCCUGUCCAGUAGUGUUCAUCUCUCUCUUCCCUGCUCUGCGGAUUCCUGAUACAAACUUGAUUUUUUUGUAUUGAACAGUGUACAGUGAUGGAAACAAGAAUGACUAUCAAAGCAAACAAUGCAUGGAAUAAAAAGCCAGUGUACUUCAA